AGGAGGGAGGGGUAGCAGCCUGCCAUCCUCAGCAUCAGCCCAGUCGCAGCUGCUGAUGUGCGCCUCAUACAGUCUGCAGCAGCAGCAGCAGCAAAAUGGAAUCAGCAUUCAGACUGCUCAGAUUUCAUCUCUGCCAGACCUCAACAUGAUAUGGACAGGAGGACUGGAGACGAUGGAUGUAGAUGGUUGAGGUCACAGGGCUUCCAGAAGAACAGAAACUUGUACUUCCUGGAAUCCUAACACAACAGGAGCCCCACUGGGAAUGGCUUCUUACUGACAGGAGUCACACCAGAGACACGUACAGCAAGACCCAACCAUGUCGAAAAAAUUGCGUAACAAGGGCGAAAAGCCCGAAGCUCUAUUGCUUUCUCUCCAAGCUGCAAACGAAGACCUCAGGACUAAAUUAACAGACAUUCAAAUUGAACUUCAUCAGGAGAAGUCCAAGGUGACUAAACUUGAGAGGGAGAAAAACCAGGAAACCAAACGCGUAAAGGAGCAGGAGCAACACAAACAUACGGCUACUGUUUCGGAACUGAAGGCCAAGCUGCACGAGGAUAAGAUGAAGGAGCUUCAGGCAGUACGGGAGAACCUAAUCAAGCAGCACGAGCAGGAGAUGUCACGGAUGGUUAAAUUAAAAGAGGCAGAGAUCCUGCGACUGAAGUCCGCGGUCAAUGCCCUUCGGGAUGGUAGCAGUGACAAAAUGAGGACAGCUCUUAGUACCGAGGCACGGGAAGAGGCCAGGAAAGUGUUCGACUCUGAGCGCCUCAAACUCCUACAGGAGAUCACAGAGUUGAAAUCUGCCAAGAAGCAGGUGGAUGAGGCCCUCAAUAAUAUGAUACAUUCAGACAAAAUCAAGGCUGGAGAUUUGAGGAGUGAGCACCAUUCGCACCAGGAGGCUAUUGCAAAGAUUAAAUGGGAAAGUGAGAGGGACAUCCGGAGACUGAUGGAUGAGAUAAAGGCAAAGGACAGGAUAAUCUUCUCUCUAGAAAAAGAAUUGGAGACACAAAUCAGUUCCCUCCAGAAGCUCCAGUUGCAGAAAGAAGCAUUGGAUGAGCAGAUAUUUCUAGUGAAAGAAGCUGAGUGUAACAUGAUUGGAAGUCCCAAACGUGAAAUCCCAGGAAGGGCAGGAGAUGGAUCGGAGCAUUGCGGAAGUCCAGAUUUACGAAGAAAUCAGAGAAGGAUAGCGGAGUUAAACGCCACAAUCCGGAAACUGGAGGACAGAAAUACUCUGCUUGUAGAUGAGAGGAAUGAACUGUUACGGAGAGUCAGGGAAGCAGAAAAACAAUACAAACCCCUGCUGGAAAAGAACAAGUGCCUCACUAAAAGAAAUGAUGAAUUAAUGCAAUCUUUGCAACGUAUGGAAGAGAAACUGAAAGUCCUCUCUAAAGAAAAUGCAGAAAUGCGAGAGAAAAUCACAUCUCAUCCUCCUCUGAAGAAGUUGAGAUCCUUGAAUGACCUUGACCAAGCUGGGGAAGAGCAAGAAAUUGAGUUUCUGAAGUUACAAGUGGUAGAACAACAGAACAUUAUUGAUGAUUUAACGAGGGAUAGAGAAAAACGGAUUAGACGAAAGAAACAUAAAAGAAGUUCCAAACCUAUUAAGAGACACCUGGUGGACACUGUGUUUGGUUACGAUGAUGACUCCAUGGAUUCAGAAACCUCCUCAGUCGCUUCAUAUCGAACAGACAGGACGCCAGCCACUCCGGAUGAUGACUUAGAUGAAAGUUUAGCGGCUGAAGAGUCGGAACUGAGGUUUCGCCAGUUGACGAAGGAGUAUCAGGCUCUGCAGAGGGCCUACGCUCUGCUCCAAGAACAUACAGGCAGUAUCAUAGAUGCAGAGAGAGAGGUCAAGGUUCAGGAGCAGAUGCAAACAGACGCUCUGCGCUAUAAAGCCAAGAUUGAAGAUCUGGAAAAGGCCUUGGCUCAAAGGGGGCAGGAUUCACAUUGGGUGGAAGAAAAACAACUCUUCAUAAGACGGAAUCAGGAACUAAUAGAAAAGAUUGAUAAACUGGAGUCCGAAAACAAUCGACUGCAACAAGAGCUGCAAGAUGCAAGAGAUCAGAAUGAAUUACUGGAAUUCCGCAAUCUGGAGUUAGAAGAAAGAGAACGAAGAUCCCCUCCAUUUAAUCUUCAGAUCCACCCAUUUGCUGAUGGUGUCAGUGCAUUACAGAUUUACUGCAUGAAGGAAGGUGUCAAGGAUGUCAACAUACCAGAUCUCAUCAAACAGCUGGACAUUCUCGGUGACAAUGGGAAUCUAAGAAAUGAAGAACAAGUUGCGAUAAUUCAAGCGAGUACUGUGCUGUCGCUGGCUGAGAAGUGGAUACAACAGAUAGAGGCGACGGAAGCUGCACUACAUCGGAAGAUGAUGGAGUUGGAGAGUGACAUGGAGCAGUUCUGUAAACUGAAGGGGUAUCUGGAAGAAGAGCUGGAUUACAGGAAACAAGCAUUGGAUCAAGCAUACAUGCGAAUCCAAGAACUGGAGGCCACUCUGUACAAUGCCCUGCAACAAGAAACAGCCAUCAAGUUUGGGGAGCUCCUUAAUGACAAGCAGCAGGAUGAGCUCAGGAUGGCCGUGGAAAAGCUGAGGCGGCAAAUGUUGAGAAAAAGCAGAGAGUUUGACUGUCAGAUCCUGCAGGAGAGGAUGGAGCUUCUCCAACAAGCUCACCAGAGGAUACGAGAUCUGGAGGAUAAAACAGAUAUUCAGAAGAGACAGAUUAAAGACUUAGAGGAAAAGUUUCUCUUUCUAUUCUUGUUCUUUUCUCUCGCCUUCAUUCUUUGGCCUUGACAUUAAUGUUACCUCUUGAUCAGGAAACUAGGAGACACGGAUGAGCCCUUGCAAAAAGACCAAUGCUUCCAUAUUUGCAGAGAGAACAACACUGUUUACAGCUGGGCUAAAGUAAAAAAUACCUGACCUUGCAAUUCAAAGCCAUUGUUCCUGGUCUGCUACUUGACAGUUGUGGCGUGGCCAGUCUAAAGUCACAGUAUAUAUGCUGCACUCAGUGGAAUUGUAAGCGCUUAGUCCAAAAGAAAAUGUGUACAGUCCAAGAGGAACUACAGGUCAACAGAAGAAAUGUGUCUUGGGUAUAGAACCAAAGCUUUUGAGAAACAAACUAUUCCCUGCUGUGCAGGGGAACACUUUUAAUGUAACACCAUAAAUCCAAUGAAAGACGUGAAAAAGACAUGCAAAAGGACAAAGCCGGAGACAUAUUCCCACCACCGCCCAGGUUAUUUACUAUAAAAUAUUCAUUGAUAACAGUGUGGUUUGCUUUAUACAGGGAUGCUAUUCGUCUCAACUCAGGAAUAGUGACAACCGAAAUGUAACUACGGAAUGAUGGGAGGAGAGUUCAACUUUCUAACAUUUAGGACUUGCUGUGCAUUCAUCUAAUUUCUCCAGCAUAUUAAGCAUAAGGAACAAAGGCAUGGGAAUAUCAGCAGGAGCACUCUAUGGGAAAUUUAUAUUAAGUUUUAACCCACUCAAAAUGAUUUUUUCUCUAUUCAAGACUAUAGGUUUAAUUAUAUAAAUGGAGCAUUCAUAAGGCCGUUACUUUUAAAACAAACACACCAAUUCCUUUAUUGACGUUUAUGCAUGAAAUUGCAUUGAAGCAGACUAUGCAGAUGUGAACGUACACCUACAUUAUUGUACAGUAAGUAGUGGGAUUGGUUUCACUGUGCACAUACUGCCUUAUGGUACUAGGUGAAAGCAUUAACUAACCAGAUAUUCAGUUUUUUAAAAGUUGAGCUUUGAAAGCAGUAUCUUAAAACUGGCAAAUGUAGUGCCUUACGCCUAAAACCUCGGAGCCUACUGUAUACUCCCUAUAUUGUGCUGAUGACACACAAUGAAUGUGUGCAUACAUCUGUAGCAUUAUCUGCUACUGUGUGGAAUCCUGUUCCUUGUGCUUUGGAAAGCGGCAAUGUACAUAGUCAUACAGUAGAAUACAGAAAUGCUUCUAAUACAGAGCAAUACAAAUGUUAUUCAUUGUAGGUUGCCACUCAUUAUAAGCUGUGCUUAUGAGCUUUGACUAUCCCAGGAUUAACUUCCAUUCUGUAUAUAGAAAAAUUUUCCAGAAAAAGUAUUCCGUUCUUGACUUCCCACUCCGAUCAUUGCUACAUAUCUGACAGCUUGCACAGUUUCAGUGCUGCUUCCUUAUAGGAAAAGCUAUAGGUCAAACAUAUAAAACCUGCAAACCAACGUUGAGACGUACAUUUAACAUGAACAUCUAUGGUACCUAUGAUAUUUCAUAUGCUAAAGAGUAACAACCAUUGGGGAAUUUAUUUUUUCAGGUUUUUUUUUCUAUAACUAUUUUAUAAAAUAAAGAAACAGUCGCUGACAAAACAUUUUUAAUGAUAAAUAAUUACACAAUACCGGAAUCUCUUGAAAUGUAAAAGCAGACAUUCAAGAUAAAAGCUUUCAGAAUUAGGGGAUUAAUAGCCCCAGAACACUCCCUGACUUCUGCAACAUAUUGUUUCAAAAAGGGAGACACUAGUACUGGCCUCUGUUUUCAUUUUACUGACACUUAAGAUAUUAAAAAGUAGUUUAAAAAUACCGUUAUCUUGAUACUCCCCGGUUCUGAAUGUUGUAACUAUGUUCAGAAAGACUCAUGAAAUGAGUAGUUUAAGGACACUCCAUGAGGCUUAGAACAUUACGCGGAUUUCUGAAUACUAAUUUUUUUUUUUUAUUUUUUUUUUAUCAAAUUCAAUUAUUUUCAUUAUUUGGAAGCAAUUUCAUCUCCUCCAAUUGUACAUACAGUGUUCCACUGACACCUUUUCUUAUGAGAGUGAAGUUCUCUGAAGAAUUCACAUGCCGUUGGCAUGCCAGAGUAUUUCACAGAGGGAAAGGGUAUUGAAGACUAAGCAUGAACAUGCAAGUGAAGAAUGUUUAUUAUUAAUACUUAAUGGAACAAAGCGUCCCCAUUGCAAGAUAAUGAUAUGUAAUAUUAAUCAUCUUUAUAUGAAACUGGUCCUCUUAAAUCGUAAAAUACUGAUUUUUCAAUUUGAGAUAUGUAAGCAUUCAAAUUCAUUCAUUCAAGUCUUUGGGUUUUGUAAUGAAUAGACUUCUACAUCAUCCCUACAUUAUGAAGUUUUCCGACAAAUAUUCUCAUCAAACCAAUCAACUGGUCACAAUAUUUAUACUGCCGGCAAGUCCACAUACUGUGUUUGUGAAAUAAAGACUGUACAGACUUCUAUACUGGUGUAUAUAGUAGGAUGGAUUACUGUAGCCUAUAAAAGUGUACUUCCUGUGAAUAAGAUGACUGACAUGGUUUGUCCUAAAUAUUAAACUGUACAGUUUGCUUUUGUACCAUA